CUCCAUUUCAUCACCUUCUUCUGCCCAGGAGGAGCCCCCAAAGACCCUCCGUUCUGAGCAGGACCCACAAGAAAAAAAGUCCUCAAGAAGCCCCAGAUGUCUGAUGAGCUGUUGACGUGACUGUGAAGAUCAAAGCUCCAGACCUGCAGUGGAAAACCCCAAAGAUGGGUGGAUCAAAGAUGGUCCCAGUGAUGUCUUCUGGUGCCAAAAUGCCUCGACCAUUUUCAUGGAGCUCCAUGAUUGAGAGAACAGAGGACAAAGAGGCCAGGUUGACUGUCCAGUGCAAGAUACCAAAGAACUCCUUUCAGCAGACUCCACAUAUCACUUACCCACGUACUCCAUCACUGUGGAGAACAUACGUACCUGACUCAUGCUUUAUCCAGCCCAGAAUUGUUGAGCAGCCGGAUCCAGCAACUUUGAAGAAGCAAUGUAUGUAUCGAAAGAAGCUGGAAAAGGAGAAAACCAAAGCCAUGAAGAAAAAGUCUGAUUUCUCUCUCUUCAAGUUUGUAAAGUCAGCAAAGAUUAAACAGAAAGAGAGAUACAUCUGGGAGGAAAAACUGGAACCAGAAAGACUCAAGGUUCUCAUAAAGUACUUGGCUUCCCCAGUGGAACUUGAACAAAUCUAUGCCGCUCAGGCCCUUGGGCACCUUAGGAUUGCUGAAGAAUCUGUUAUAUCUGCACUUUAUAAUACUCUUCAGGAAAGCAACAGUCCGUCUUUGCAGUAUGAAGCAGCUCGGUCCCUGGCUUUGCUGGGUUGCCUAGAAACUUCUGUAGUGAAAUUACUAAUUAGACAUCUGAAAGAAGUGAGCCUGAAUCGGAGAGAAGAUAUAUUGGCUGCUUUUAAAGUAUCUCUACAAGCUUGGUCACUCAUGCCACCUUUUGAGCGGUACUGCAUAGGUAGCCAGAAUAGCUUAAUUAGAAAUCUACAGCGGCUGGUGAAUUUGCAAGAUCCCUUGGACAAUAUAAGCUUUGAUGCAGCACUUUGUUUGGGUUACCUGGACCAGUCCAGUUCGCUUGCCCAAAAGACCAUGUUGAUGUGCUUGACUCAGAAGGACUGGAAGAAGAAAAUUCAGGCCUUGGUCAUGCUUAUAAAACACAUGGGAAUAAUCGAUGCUGAGAUCAUCAAGAGCAUUAUAGAUCAGCUACAGCAUUCCCCUGUGUACAAGCACCGUGCUGACUCUGCAAAACUGUUGGCUGCUAUAGGGCUCAAUACCAUUCAAGAGGAAGACAUGGAGGAGGCAGUGUUUAAUGUGCUUCUAGUGAAGUUAUCUGAGGAACCAUUUCUGGUAGUGAGGCAGAGUGUAGCCUUGGCUAUUGAAAAACUGAAGAUGAAGAAGCGGGUCUGGGAGAUAAUGGAGAAGAAUCUGAAGGAUCAAAAUGCUGAAAUUCGAAAGCAGGCUGUGAUUGCCUUGGGUGUUCUUGGCCUUCGCCAGAAGAGUGUGUUCUUUGUCAUGCUGGAGAUGCUGGAACUGGAUACCAGCAUGGAUGUCCGUAUACAGGUUAUCAGGGCAUUUUCUACCCUGGGAAUGAACAAUAUUUAUGUGCGGAAGAGCCUUAGAAGCAAGGAGCAGACAGCGGGGAUUCUAGCCAGAGAAUGUACCAAAGCUUUGAAAGUCCUUGAUAAAAUCUCCAUGGCCCGAAAACAGUCAGUGAUUCAAUCCUAUAGAAUCUACUGAGACUUCAGGUUCUGGAUGACAAGAAUGCCAUGAGGACAAGAUUAAAACAAGGCUUCUGGCUUUGCAUUGUUCAGCAUAGAGGCAAGGAAUAACAGUGUGGUGUGAAGCUUUCUUUGACUACAGCAUGGAUGAGCAAGCUGUGGCCCUAGGGUUUCAUGCAUCCAUAGACCUGAUCUCAGGUGGCCUUUACACUACAGUAAUUUCAAAAGAUUUCUGAACAAAUGAUAAUUCCAGAUCUUUGCAAAAGCAAAGGAAGGAAUGGUGGAGAGAGAGAGAGAAAUGAAGGAGAGAAGGGAUUCAAGCUUUCUUUUUCUGACCUCGCUACUCUACUGGCAUGUAGCCCCAACACUUUUAAGUCUAAAAGGGAUGGCCACCUCUUGUUUACAGAAUGCAUUUCUUCAGUAGAUACUUGUUUCAGGGGAGUCACGUUGAAGGCAGACACUGCUCAGAGCCUGCAUUUAAGGUUGUUGUAGCCCUUCUAUAGAGUGGUUGCUCAUGCGCUGCUAUUCAGUUGAUGUCAUUUCAAAACACAUUAAACCUGUUCCUGUCCUCUUAAGCAAAUAAUCAGGCCAGUUUCAUUUCCUAGACUUGCUGUAGUAUGAAAGAAAAACUAUAGAGUGGAAAAGAGAUGUGCAAUGAAUUACAUCAGAUCUCCAUUUUAAUUGCUGGCACUCUUGCCUAAAAUCGUUUCUUAGUUUCUGACCUUUCUCCUUUUUAAAAUAAAAACUAGAAAGCUACUUGUUUUUUGAUAACAAAACAAAUGAUUUUCAGUGAGCUAGAGAGGCCCUCCCCCAAAAUAUGUGUAUGUAAAUGAGAAUGUAUGAUUCUCAAGGACCAGAUCAGAUCCAGAUUUUGUCACAGAUAAGAAGAUAAGGUUAUCCUUAAAGCAACCUUCCGCCCGUGAAAUGUUUACCACUCUGAUAAAUUUCUGCACUUUCCUAUCAUAGUAGCUCUCCACCUGGUGUAGAUCCAACAUUGUCCUCUGGUUAUAGUGAUCCUUUUGAUCCUUUUGCUUUCACUCACAACAAAACAGCAGAAGGUGGCUGUGCUGAAACGUAUCAACAACUCUCUUCCAUUGUGUUGCUCAUUAUAUUUUUAAAGAAAAGGGGUCUUUAAUCUGAAGGACAAGGGCUAGGUGUAGUGUUUUGAACAUAGGACCAGGACCCUGGAGAAUGGGGUUCACUUCCCCACUCAGCCACGGAAACCCACUGGGUGACUUUAGGUGAGUCGCACCCUCUCAGUCCUAGAAAACCCCAUGAUAGGCCUCUUUCUCUCUAUAUCGCUGGUGCAGCUGUUUAAAGGCUGCCCCAGCGAUACGUGCGGCAGAAGGAGCUCCACAAGUGCCCUGCAGCGGUGCCAGGACAUCACGUCUGUGCUGUGCUGUUUGGCUGCAGCGCAGCCGUGAUGUCAUUUUGGUGGCACCCAUGUAGAAAGGGCGCUGCCAUUACCAUG